GUAAAAAAGGAGGUUAAAAAAAAAAAAGAAAAAAAAUUACACUUCUUUGCGAAUACGAAUAUACUCACAAAACUUUUGCUUAACAUGUCAUGCAUGGAUUGUUGAAAAGCAUAUGGAAAGAAAAGAAGAGCUACAAAAUUAGCAGAAGAAGAGGAAGAGCGCAUUGGCGCCUGUUACGUUCAAACGCCGCAUCCCCCCUCGAGCCGCGUAACAUACGUACAGCUAUGCCAUACAAGUGUUUAUAAAAACAAAAGAAGAAAAAAAAAACGCAUACUCAUGCAUGUAGCUGCGCGCGUGGCGUGACGCCCUGAACUCGCAAAACGUAUUUGGUAGGAAUCUGAAAACGGAGGAGUUACACGCAUAACGGAGGGCGACCCACCCAAGAGCGCCGUUCACAUAUACAUAUACAUAUAUAAAUAUAUAUACAUUUUACAAACAAGCUAAACACGCAACGCAGUCCAGCGCAAAAGGAAAGAUCCCAAAUCUGCUAUACACACGAAGAAGCAGGCCCCAUUUGGUUAUGGACAUUUGCGCCGUCCCAUUCGUCAGCUCGAAAAGAUAAAAAAAAGAAGAAUUCGUACGGCCACCUUCCCAGUUAAUGUAAUCCCAAGUGAAAACCAAGCAACCCCAAUUAAGAAGACCCUUUAAAUAUGUAUAACUCGUGGUUUGAAAUCAUUCGAUCCAUUUCGCCCUACAACUGGGCAAUGCUGGGCAUAGCCAUGGCCCUCUUCCUCUCCAUCAUCGGCGCAGCAUGGGGAAUAUUCAUCUGCGGGACCAGCAUAGUGGGAGCCUCGGUGAAGUCCCCACGUAUCAUUUCGAAAAAUUUGAUUUCCAUUAUAUUUUGUGAAGCACUAGGCAUGUAUGGAGUCAUCACCGCAGUUUUUCUUCAAAUUAAGUUUAGCGGACUCAGUAAAGAAGUGCACGCCCCACUGGUGCUAACCACCAAGACGGAUGCACUGAUUAUGAACACCAUCAGAGGGGGAUGGGCCCUGUUUGCGAGUGGUCUCACGGCGGGUCUGUCCAACCUCGUUUCUGGCGUUUCCGUAGGCAUAACGGGCAGCUCAUGCGCCUUGGGAGAUGCACACAAUUCGGAUCUGUUCGUUCGAAUGCUGAUGAUUGAAAUAUGUGCUAGUGUUAUAGGACUGUACGGAUUAAUCGUGGCGAUUGUGUCCAUCGGGGAUAUUCAACUGACUUAA